CCCACGAGAAAUAACACAACACCAAACACGUGUUUGUGUUUUUCUUUUAAAUAAAUCUAAAAAGCAGCUAAGAACCUGUUGCUUUUCUUCAAUAAAUAGCUUCUACACACAACUGCAAAUAUGAGACGUCCAAAGAAGUACGAGUCUGGUGAGGCUACACAGUACAUCAGCCGGCGUGCAGCGCUGCGUAAGCUGCAGCUGUCUUUGAAUGAUUUCCGUCGCCUGUGCAUAUUGAAAGGUGUGUACCCACGUGAGCCUAAGCACAGACGUCGCGCUCAGAAAGGCUCCUCAGAGAUAAAGGUGCUCUACCAUUCUAAGGAUAUACGCUUUUUGCUACAUGAGCCCAUCGUAUGGACGCUGCGUGACUACAAGAUCUUUGCGAAGAAAACAGGUCGCGAUCGUGCAAUUAAAGAUUUCCGUAAUCUGAAACGCCGCCUGGCCUUGUUCCCAGAGAUUAAGCUGGAUCAUAUAGUUAAGGAACGCUAUCCCACUUUUAUUGAUGCGCUUAAGGAUUUGGAUGACUGCUUGACCUUGAUGUUUCUGUUCAGCACAUUUCCAUCACUGCAUUUAAUUCCACGCGAGCAAUCCAAUCUUUGCCGUCGCUUGACAAUUGAAUUCUUGCACUACAUUAUUGCCUCCAAGUCGCUGCGCAAGGUGUUUAUAUCCAUCAAGGGCUAUUACUUCCAGGCAGAGAUCAAGGGCCAAAAGGUCAACUGGAUAGUGCCACAUUACUAUCCCUUCAAGCCACAGUCACGUCAAGAGGUGGACUUCAAAGUCAUGUCAAUUUUCGUCGAGUUCUUCACCAUUAUGUUGGGCUUUACUAAUUUCCGCCUGUUCCAUGGCCUCAACAUGGCCUAUCCACCACAAUUUCCCAGCAACAUGCUGCAGGAUAGUGAGGACACAUUUAAGGAUGAAUCAAGCUUUGUAUCAGAUCGCAUAGCUGCAUUGAACUUCGAGCUGCUGCGCACAGAUAAAGUGCAAGAGGAUGAAGAAGAUAUUGAUAUUGAUAUUGAUAUGGAUCUGUUGGAGCAGGAUGGUGACUCCAAGCGCAUAAUCAAAAUGAAGCAAGAAGCACAGGAGACAGCUCGUCUGCGCACGCUCUUCAAGGGCUUGAAAUUCUAUAUUAAUCGUGAAGUACCACGCGAACCGCUGGUAAUCAUUAUCCGCUCCUUUGGCGGUAAAGUAUCCUGGGAUUCUUCCGUUUUCGCUGGCGCAACUUUCGAUGAAAACGACGAGACCAUCACACAUCAGAUUGUAGACAGACCAAGCGUAAGCACGCAGUACAUCUCUCGUGAUUACAUACAGCCACAGUGGCUAUUCGAUUGUGUGAAUCAACGCCAGCUGCUGCCAACUAACAAGUACUUUAUGGGUGAAUCGUUGCCACCACAUCUAUCACCAUUUGUUGACGCCAAGCGUGAUACUUACAUACCGCCUGAAGAGAAAGCGCUGCAUGAUCCAUCGCUCAUUGAGACACACGCCCAAAGCGAUGAUGAGUCUGAGGAUGAAGCAGCUGCAGAGGAGGAUGACGUAGAUCAGGAAGCUCUGGACGCGCAGCUGCAGCUCGCUUAUCAGCAGGAGACAGCAGAGUACAAGAAAUACGGUGAUGCCGAUGGCGUCAAUGAAGAUGAGGAAGACACUGAUGAGUACUUGGAAGAAGAGCAAAGCGAAGAAGGCAGCGAGGAGGAGGAAGAAGAGGAGGAGGUCGAUGAGAAGACCAAACGCUUGCAAGCAGAAAAAGAGAAAAUGUCCGUGCAGUCUGGCAAAGUGCACAAGGUCAACAAGCGACAAUUACACAAAGCUGAGGUGGAUGAGCAUCGUCUGCAGGCACGCAUGGUAAAGCCGCGUCAUCGUGAUCUUUUCCGUAAGCUGAUACGCGAGAAACAGUCCAAGGAGAAGGAGCAAUGGCUGCUGAAGAAGAAGCGACGCAAUAUCGAAGCUGAUGCCAAGGAGGCCAAGAAGCAAGCAAAGCGGGAUGCACGCAAAGCUGCCGCUGCUGCUGCCCAAGCAGCCGCCCAGCUGACCAAGUAAACUCAGCAUUGUACCCAACUCUAUUUUGAUGCUAGGCCUUAAGUAUGUAACUUAAUAAAAACGGAAAGAAACUGUUGA